UUUGUCCUCUCACGACUCCCGUUGCUCAGCAGUGAUUGGUCGACGGUAAAAACAUGGCGCCGUCCGCGCAACUGUGAAAACAUCAUGAAGAAAAGUUAAAUACUGUGCAGGACAUGCCCGCGUGUUUUUGACACCGCUAUAUGUCCUCAGUGUGUUGGGGUUACUAUCUCUGUCUAUGGCGUUCAGCUCGCUGAAGCUAGCCGUUAGCUUCUCUCUACAUUAGCUUCCUCGGUUUGCUAACUGAGCAGCUAACACUGGUGCUGAGGCUCCUCAUCUGACAACUCUACCCAAUACCGCACAGUCGUCUUCCUCAGCACCAGUCAUAGGGAUACAUCGUCACAGAAGAAACUUUCUCAAACUAACAAUAUGCCUGCGUUCCGCCAAGUGGGAGAGAAGCAGCUUCCUAACCCUGUUCUGUGUAUGGCCUGGUCUCCCAGACGGGACCUGAUUGCUCUGGCCAACACAACAGGAGAGCUGCUGCUGCAUCGUUUGGCCAGUUUCCAGCGUGUUUGGAGUUUACCACCCAGUGAGUAUACUGGGAAGGAGAUCACUGCUCUCGCCUGGAGACCUGAUGGCAAAAUACUGGCCUUCAGCCUUGGAGACACCAAGCAGGUGGUCCUGUGUGGUGUGGAGAAAGCAGAGAUUCUACAUGUGUUUCCGAUGCAGAACCCUGUAACCUGCAUGCACUGGAUGGAGGUGACGGAGGAGAGCAGUGCGCUCAGCUCCUUUUACAAUUCAGAAGAUGAGUCCAAACUUUUUCUUCCCAAAUUACCAGCACUCCCCAAGAGCUAUAGCACAACAUCAAAGAUCUUCAGUGAAGAAAAGUCAGAUGAAAUAAUGAAUCUUCUGGGAGAAGUCAGACUGAAUGUACUUGUUCUCGGGGGUGAAGAUGGCUUUGUGGAGCUUUAUGCCUAUGGGAUGUAUAAGAUUGCCACUUUAACUGGAGUAUCCGGAAGGUGUCGCAGCCUGAGUCUAUCCAGUGAUCUCAAGUCGCUCUCCGUCAUCACAGAGGUCAGAUCUGAUGAGAACAACCCAAAGAUCUGCUACAUUCAGCUGGACACAGGGCUGUUGUCUGACUGUCUGCCUGAGGUCACCCGGAUGGCGCGCAAGUUCACCCACAUCUCCACGCUCCUUCAGUACCUGCAUCUCUCGCUCACAUGUAUGUGUGAAGCCUGGGAGGACAUCCUUAUGCAGAUGGACCUUCGACUCACUAAGUUUGUUCAGGAGAAAAACACAAGCACUCAGGUUCAAGAUGAGUUCCUGGAGCUUUUGCUGUGGGGACAAUCGAGCCCAGAACUACAAGCUCUUCUCAUGAACCAGCUCACUGUCAAGGGCCUGAAGAAGCUUGGCCAUUCCAUCGAGUCCUCUUACUCCAGCAUCCAGAAGCUAGUCAUCAGCCACCUGCAGAGUGGCUCUGAGGCUCUGUUGUAUCACCUCAGUGAGGUGAAAGGCAUGUCCCUAUGGAAGCAGAAGUUUGAGCCCCUUGGUCUGGAUUCAGCAGCUAUAGAAGGUGCGAUCACGGCAGUGGGUUCCUUCUCUCUCAAAGCCAACGAACUUCUACAGGUGAUUGACAAGAGUAUGAAAAACUUCAAAGCCUUUUUUCGGUGGCUGUACGUAGCUAUGCUGAGAAUGUGUGAGGAGCAUGUACCACCAGAGCUCAACAAGAUGACUCAGAAGGACAUCGCCUUCGUUGCUGACUUCCUGUCUGAGCAUUUCAGUGAGAAUGAAGAACUGUUUGAUCGCAAAGGAAAGUACUUUAAUGUGGAACGAGUUGGUCAGUACCUGAAAGAUGAGGAUGAAGACCUCGUGUCACCGCCCAACAACAAGGGAAACCAGUGGUUGAAGUUUUUGCAGGAGAGUACGCACCUGAAAGAGAGCCCGUUGCUGUUCCCUUCAUAUCCCCAAAAGUCAUUGCACUUUGUCAAGAGGAUGAUGGAGAACGUGAUUGAACAGUGUUUACAGAAACCUGCAGAAGUAAUUGGGAAAUCGGUAAAACAGGCUGUGAUUUUGCCGCUGUACACUGUGCCAGAGAGCUCAAACACCCCACGACUCUUUGAACUUCCAUCUUUAUGGAACGACAAGAAGACCAAAAUGCAUUAUGUCCUCUUCAGCAUGCCAGACAUUUCACCCUGCAAGCUCUACCUGUUACGGAAAGGAACAGACCCAGACAGACAUAUUCCCAACAGUGUUAUGUCCAUUGACCUGAGCCACCAUCUUGACAGUGCAGAUGAUAACGCUGCUGCCCAGUCUCAUUAUGCUUACAGCUGCCUAGAUGCUCGGUUCUAUGACGAUGAAAUGCUAACAGUAGUCUUGCAAGGAGCAGAAGGAGACAACAGUCGACGUGUCCUGGCUCAGCUGCCUCUUGCUUCCACCCUGAGCUGUGAGACAGAGUUCAACUGGGAUCCGAACCUGAGGUUGGAUCAGCAGAGCAGUAACAUCCCGUGUCAAGGCUUAGUGUUGGGGAAUCAGUGGCGUGAACUGGAGAGCAUGAAGGCUCAAUUUGUAGCUGUCAAUGGAAUCCGCAAAGUAGCCUGUGUGCUGAGUGCCAAUCUGAGGCACAUUCGUGUUUUUGAGAUGGAUGUAGAAGAUGAGGAUGAGGAGGGAGCCGACUCACAGAACGCCAGUGCCGACCAGGAGGGACUGGAAACUACCAUGACAAGCGAGGGGCAGGGAGAGGAGAGUGUGGAGGCUGAAGGUGAAGCCAAACAGGGUGGAGGAGAUGGGUGUCAGAAAACUGAGGAACGUCUGGAGUCUGAAGAAGCGCUGGAACUCUCUUAAGCCUGAGUCACAGGAAGGGGCAAUAUAACAAAGGACUUGGCUCCAUGUUUUGUUUUGUGUUUUUUUUUCAUUUUUUGAAAAAUAUGUUUGUAUUAGAAAAUAAACAGGAUUGUG